AUGGCGGACGCGGACGAGGAUGUCAUUCCCACAACGUCUCCCUCCGGGGCCGACGACCUCGAAGAUGAAACCCAGGAUUUUCGCUUCCUCGCGCAAUUGACCUCCUCCGCGACCACCGGGCAAGCGAUCAUCCCCAAACGGGGCACCAAAGACUUUGAGCCUAAUCCGACGAGGUCACAAGCGUCGGCCCUCGACGCGGCGCGUCUGGCUAUGCACACCGCCUUGAGUGCGGUACGGGUGCACUCUGGGAGGAGCCAUCUCGUGGGCCAGUAUUUCCCGGACCAAGACGACUGGCGAUGGGACGAUUCUGGUGCCGGUCUCAGACACGGCCGAUGUGUCGUAGUCUACAAGUUCAAGAGCACGCAUCUGAAAGUCAUGGGCCAGGCGGACAGAAACAACUGGGUAUGGCUGCUGCCUGAAGAAGCGCUCUUCUUGCUAGAAAGAGGAAGCCUGGACAUCAGGUGGCCGGAUAUUUCUGGGAGUCGGGAUGUCACGAUCGAAGCGCCCAGACAUGAAGAAACGGCUGAACUCCAGCAGUCAGUUGAGGAAGAGACAAACUCCCGGUCUGAACAGUCGGAAGUCAUUCUUGCGUCUCCGUCGCGGCAGGACCCUCAAGUCGGUGAACUUCCCAUGAGUCUGCAAGGUGCCUAUGCCAGCUUCAUCGGUAAAGAUGGCUUGACGCUAGAGCGAUACAGCGUCUAUGCCGGCCUGAAAAGAGCGGGCUACAUUGUCCAACGAGCGCCGACGUGGCACGACAACGAUCCUGCCUCGGUCAACGGCCACGCCCACCCUCAACCAUUGCGCGAGUCGACAUCGAACACGACAGCAGCCUCUUCAUCGGCCUUGAUAUCCGCUAAUUGGUCACAGCCUGGAACAUUCUCAAGCCCGGCUAGCCUCAUUCACAGACUGGUGUCGUGGCUGUUCCGACCUCAACGAGCAGAGUCCUGUCCUUCACUUGGCCCCUUGGCCGCCCCUGGCCUGUACAGAAACUACACAGAAUUAUUCCGUGCCCUUUCACUGAUUCCUUACCACGAUCCCGACACUUCCCUGUCAGCCACUUCUGCCGCUGGAGGUGUGAACGCUCACCAACCCCCACCGACAUUAACUUGCAGCCCACAACCUCCAUUCCGCGUCCACUUCCACGUUUGGAAGCCCAGCGGCGCCCACACGUACCGCAAAACGGCGCCUCCGCCGCCGGAUUACCGCAUCGCCGUCAUCGAUGCUCGCCUGACAUCUAUGCCCACACUCUCGCAGAUCGGCGACCUCCUCGACUCGCAGCCCGAGGAUUCUCUCUCCAAAGACAAAGCCGGUCGAUUAGAGACGCGAAUCAAGCACGGUCGUCGGAACAUCCUUCUCGCGGUCGUCGAUAUGGGUGUGGUCAGUUACCUUCGGCUGAGCGAUGCCUGUUUUGGCGCGGAGAAACUGUUUGAGCAGAAAGCCAAAGCUGGCUCGAAGGGAAAGGGAAGAGGUGGUGGUGGUGGGCGCGGCAAGAAAAGCCCGGGACAGAGACAGGGGCAGAGGCAGGGGCAGAAGACAGGGAACUGA